UGAUUUAACUGGCGCCCAUCAUUGCAAGGUCAAGGUGAAGGGAACGUUCCGUAACAAAAUCAUGUAGGCCAAAUUAUCUAAUUUCGCUUUGUUCCUUGUUUAACUGCACAAUAGAAUAGACGAAAUGAUGACAGGAAUUGCAAGGAUUUUCAACAAUUCAUUUCGUUCGUUGUUGAUAAGAAACAACAUCGCACUUGCUUCUUCGUCGAUUUACAGUAGGAACCCAUAUAAUGUCCCGAAUUUCCUCAAAUCGAACAGUACUAUUUACUGUGUCACAAGUGUUGAUUAUCAUAGCAAGAAAGGGAGAUAUCGCACAGAUCAACACUGGCUUGAUGAAUGGGAGCAGGAGAAUCGAUAUGAUCAUGAUGUUGUGAUUGACACUGAAGUAUUUGAAGACGAAGGGAGAAGUCGGUUUUAUUUGAUGUUAAAAUGUACUGGAAUAUUGUGUUUCAUAUUCUUUCUCAAUUUAGCAGACAUAAUUAGAAUACAGUUGAGAAAUUCAGCCCCUAAAAGUGAGGAAGGUGAAAAGGGAUGGAGAGAUUCUGUGUAUUGGAAGAAUAAAGGGUUUACAGGAUUCAUGUCCUUAUCCAUAGUCUUUGCUGCUGGAAUUCCAACUGUCAUAUGUGUGAUUUGCUACAAAUGUGUGCGGAGUUUGUGGCUGUUGAAAGGUGGAAAGAAAGUUAGGGUCCAAACAUUUGCUCCUUUCUUUAUGAAUUCUACACUUGAGGUUCCUGUGGAGAAUAUAUCUGGGAUGACUUCUAGAGCUGGACAAAAUUAUGUAUCUUUCCAACUGAAGAGAAAUGACAACAAAUUAUUACGACUUUCAAUGUCCAAUUUAUCUGGUACCUUUAAGGAACCUAUAUUAUACGAUAACUACGUAGGAAAAUUUCGCAAUUUGAAGUCUUCAUGAUUUCACUUGUAUUGAUCAUGAAAUAGCACAUCUAAUAAACAAACUCUGAAAAGUA